AUGGAUUCUGAAUUAGAACGACUUCGUUUUUUACUGAAUGAGCGACGCUGUGGCAAUCACUUGGAUGAAAAAAACUACCGUCGUUUUCACGAUUCUUGUGUAAUUUCGGCCAGUGGGCGCAAGACUGCUUCAAGUCGACGAUCUUCUUUACAGCAGUCCACUAACGCUGAAAUUGCUCUUUCUGUAUCGAACAUUCUGUCGCUAGUACUCACUGGACGAUGCUCCAAACAGUGCCUAAACUUUAGCCUCAUCCCUAAGCCGUUUUUGACAACAACCAGCGAAGAAUCUUCUGGCGAGGACGAGAAAUCAGCAACACACUCUGAAGCCUACACUGUUUCCAGAGAAAGUUCUAUUCCAAGCGAUGAAGCUCAUAUAAUCGACGGUGAUACUGAUAGUAAAACUGAUGACGAGGAAGAUGAAGGUGACUUAACCGAUAAAUUUUCCUCAUGCGACGGCCAUCAUAAUUCUGCAAAUUCGAAAUUCUCCAUACUUCACAACAAAGGAUUUUUAACUCUAUCCGGUCGACAAUAUUUCAGUGGUGGCAGAGAAAGAGAAAGCAAACAAAUUCCAUCGAGACAUUGCAAUUUCAAUAAAGGAUAUUUCCGAGGUGCGCCUCUUAUUGUACCGACGACGGCCACCCAAAAUGGACGCGAAAGACACAGUAUAAAAUCUUCGGCUCCAUCUUUGCACGAUAGAUCACGUGAUGUUUUGGAGUCGGUGACGUCGUCAACCUAUAAUUACAGCUUCGAUUUGAGACCCAAACCAAGCAAGACGUUAUCGAAGGAUUGGGCGUUUCAGCACCCAGACAAGCCAAAUGGACAACAUCGUCAGCGUUUUCGGUCAUGGCGUCGAUCAUCUUGCAAUUCCUCGUUUUCUUCGUCUCCUUUCUCUUCGAUAUCUUCAUCUUCUCGGUUCAAUGAAAGUGAAACGAAAAACGAUAUUUUCAGUAUUACAAAUGGCGACUCCGGGAACAUCGAUUUUAGUUGGUUUAUGCGAUCAGACACCCCGAAAGACUUGAAUUUCGAUGAUCAGACCUAUAUCCUAGCCACUGACGCUGAUAUGGACUUCGACGACUCCAGCGUCUAUCAUUUGCUCAACUUGUGCAAGCGUGAUAAACGGGUAGGAGGUGCCUGUGGACGAACGCGUCCCAUUGGACAACGUAACAGUCCAGUUGUUUGGUAUCAGAAGUUUGAAUACGCCAAAGGUGAGGAUCGCUGGCUCUGUACUUUGAUGAUGCUCAGCGGCUGGAAACUAGAGUACACACCAUACUCGAAAAAUUCAACUUUUUGUCCAGACAACUUCUUGGAAUUCCUCAAGCAACGGAAGCGCUGGGUUCUUUCCGAAGUCUCGAAUCUUAUGCUCGUGUUUCAAAAUAUUCGACGCUUAGCCCGCCAAAAUGAUUCUUUCUCUCUUGUCUACAUCAUCUACAUUCUGCAAAUGUUCCUGCUUGUCGUACUCUCCCCGGGAACCACCAUGGUCGUCCUGGCAGCGUCUUUGGACAUACUUUUCGGUAUCUCCUGCAUUUAUUCCACACCAUUCUGUUUCUUUGGACUCGUGCUCUACACCAUAAUGUGUUCCACGCAACCAAUCCGGACACAAUCAGUGGUCACUUUUGCUGUCACGAUUCUCCUUGGCCUUGUCAUGUUGUCUGUUAGCACCGGAUAUAUUCAUUUUAUCGUAAAAGAUAUAAUUACAGGUAAGUCGACAAAAACCCUCUGUAUUUUUAUCUUAUAG